UGAAAAUCAAAACAAUUGGUAAAUUCUACAUAGCCAAUGGUGGUUUAGCAAAUCCUUACAAGAUCGACCAUUUGCAUCUGCACUGGGGCGUCAAAAACAACAAUGGAACUGAACACUACAUUAAUUCGCAAUCGUUUACAAUGGAGCUGCACAUUGUUUCGUAUGAUGUGAAAAAAUAUGACACCGUUCAGAAAGCCGCCUCACAACCCAUGGGUUUGGCUGUACUCGGAGUCCUGUUCAAGGAGUCAGAUAUUGAUAAUCCUGCGCUGAACCUGAUUGUUGACAACCUUGAAGCCAUGCAGCAACCUGGACAUCCAAAAGUAAAUCUGGAGGCGAAAUCGCUGAGGAUGUUUCUACCACAAGACAUUUCAAGAUAUUAUCGAUACAAUGGUUCCUUGACGACCCCUGCAUGCUACGAAUCAGUAAUUUGGACAAUAUUUGAGGAAUACAACUUUAUAUCGAAGAAACAAAUGCAGAAAAUACGUGACCUGUUUUAUGUCUACGAUGCUGCAGAGGAACAGGAAAGAUUAAACAGAGCAAAGAAUAACGGCACUGAAUCAACUACAGAAACCCCAAGUGCUACUCUUGCAGGAGAGGGUAACACAACAGACAUUAAUGAUUUGUUUCGGAAAUACAGAUUCGAAAUGGUGAACAACUUCAGACCAGUUCAAGAUCUAAAUGACCGUACUGUCCUACGCAGCUUUAAAGAGCUCAGAAAACAAUCACCAAUAAAAACUAAUCCGGGAAAUAGUACAACCAGUAUCAAUGCUCUAGUUCACCCUUGGGUUACAUUCUUUCUGUUAUUCCUCUAUCUGUGGGCCUUGGUGUGAAUUCAAAGAAGAUGGAAGAAGAAUCAGUGAAGAUAAAUAAACAAAUGUGGGUUUCGUUGUUUACUGCUGAAUUCGGAAAAAACUUAGGAAGAAUUAAGAUGUUUCUUUUUAAC